AUGGCUGCUGAUAUGCUGUGUCUUGAACUACUCUCUCCUUUCACACCUCAUUCUCUCAAAUUUGUAGUUACGUAUCGACCUCCAGAUUCUGCUAAGACUGAUGAUGAUACCUUGUUUGAUUUUAUUUUUGAACUCUACCUUUCGUCUCCUAAAAUCAUAAUUGUGGGAGACUUCAAUAUUGACAUGAAGAAACAUAGUAAUUCCACUACUGAACGCUUCAGAACUUUAUUGGAAAGUUGUGAUCUAGCCCAAAACAUUCAUGCUUCCACUCGUUUACGUUCCAUUCUCGACCUCGUUCUUUCUCCCGGAUCUAGUAUCACUGGUAUCGAAAUUCUGCCUCCCUUUGCCAAUUCCGAUCAUAAUGUUGUUUCUUUCAUGUUCGACUUUAAUACUGAUCAACCCCUCUAUCUGCCCUUGCCAGAUUUCAGUCAAGUAAACUAUUCCGAGUUACGUAAAUUUCUCGCUCGUGUGGACUGGCUGGAAGUUUUCGACAACUAUCAGUCGGUUGCAGAAAUGUAUCGCCGUUUUUGCCUAGUGAUGUACGAUAGUUUAGCUAAGUUUGUCCCGCUGAAGUUUAACAAAAAUUAUGUACCUACUUAUCCUUUGCAUUUACGAAAUCUAUUUGACCAAAAGAAUCGACUCUUCUACCUACUUGAUAACCCUUUGAACAACGCUCUCUAUAGAAAAAUUUGCGCUGAUCUUGACUAUCACAUGAAAAAAUACCUUGCAUAUCGUGAGCGGCGUUUGUCGAAAACAUGUAUGAAAAAGUUUCAUAACUUCCUCGUUAAAAGAAUUAAACAAGCACAAAAACUGCCUGUGUUGAGGACUGACAAUGGGAAUUUGAUAAAAACCGAUCUCGAAAAAGCUAACGCACCUGCUGAAUUCUUCGCUUCUAACUACUCAUUAAAACUGAAUGAAAGAAGUCAUAAUCUUCCAUUGCCAACUACUGAUUCCUCUGCCACUCAGGUUCCUCAAAGGUCCUUCGACUUUGUCAUCUAUCCAAAUGAAGUCCUUACCGUUCUAAAACGUUUAAAUCCUUCGUUUUCAUGUCCCUACGAUGGUAUUCCCCAGAUAGUUUACCAAAAAUGUGCAGAUGUUUUGUGUCUUCCUCUUGCUCAUAUUUUUAAUGCGUCGCUUAUCUUCAGUGAAGUUCCUAACAUUUGGAAAGAGGCACUUAUUACCGCAAUACCCAAAAAAAAAAACAAUUUUAACGCUCUCUCGAACUUUCGCCCCAUCAGUAUAGUAUCCUCCGCAAGCAAAGUUUUGGAAAAAAGAAUCAAAGAAAAACUAAACGAGUGGCUAUCAUCAAGAGAUGUCAUUCCUUCCGAACAACAUGGCUUCCAAUCUGGAUCCUCCACUACUUCACUACUGUCCGAUUCGGUCUAUGGUCUAUUGGAUGACCGAGGUAAACAAAGGGAAGUCAGUUAA